AUGAUAUCAUCCAACUCAUACCACAUAUCAAGUAUUCGCCAGAUCACCUCUCAGCAGGUUUUUGACAGAGAAGCAAAAUAUGGAGCACAUAACUACAAGCCAAUCCCAGUUGCUUUAGCCAAGGGCAAAGGUGUGCAUGUGUGGGAUGUUGAAGGCAAGAAAUAUUAUGACUUCCUGAGUGCAUACUCUGCAGUUAAUCAAGGCCACAGCCAUCCAAAGAUUGUUGCAGCUCUACAAAAACAGAGUGAAGUCUUGGCUAUUACUUCCAGAGCUUUCUACAACAAUGUCCUUGGAGAAUAUGAGGAGUACAUCACAAAACUAUUUGGAUAUGAUAAGGUUCUCCCCAUGAACACAGGUGUGGAGGCAGGAGAAACAGCUUGCAAAUUGGCUAGAAGAUGGGGUUAUCAUGUGAAGAAAAUUCCUGAAAACAAAGCAAGGAUUAUGUUUGUGGAGGGCAAUUUCUGGGGACGAACCAUGUCUGCCAUCUCAUCUUCAACUGAUCCAGAAAGCUAUUCAGGAUUUGGUCCAUACAUGCCUAACUUUGAUAUUGUCCCAUAUAAUGAUUUGGCCCAUUUGGAAAAAGCUUUGAAGGAUCCAAAUAUCUGUGCAUUUAUGGUGGAACCCAUUCAAGGGGAAGCAGGUGUGGUAGUACCAGAUGAAGGCUACCUGAGAGGAGUUCGGCAACUAUGCUCCAAAUACAAUGUUCUUCUCAUUGCGGAUGAAAUUCAGACUGGCCUGGGAAGGACAGGAAAAAUGCUGUGCGUGGAUCAUGAAGGUAUCAGGCCAGAUAUAUUGAUCCUUGGCAAAGCUCUCAGUGGUGGUCUUUUUCCUGUAUCAGCUGUGUUGGCAGAUGAUUCCAUUAUGCUGACAAUCUUACCAGGACAGCAUGGAUCUACAUAUGGAGGAAAUCCUUUGGGAUGUAAGGUUGCCAUUGCAGCACUAGAAGUAAUUCAGGAGGAAAGACUUGCAGAAAAUGCAGAAAAGUUGGGCAAUCUGCUUAUGAAAGAGCUCAAUACUCUGCCUAAAGACAUCAUACAUGCAGUACGGGGAAAGGGGUUACUUGCUGCCAUCGUCAUUGAUAGCAAAUACAAUGCCUGGGAUGUAUGUCUGAAACUGCGAGACAAUGGAUUGUUGGCCAAACCCACACAUGGAGACAUAAUUCGGUUUGCUCCUCCCCUGGUGAUGACUGAAGAACAAAUGCAUGACUGUAUCAAGAUAAUCAAGACAACCCUUCAUUCCAUCAAGAAAUGAGUGUUAUCACAACAGGUAACAUUGUUAAGUUUUGGAUGAAUCAAGUUUUGUUGUACAUACUAUCUGUUCACCAGACAUUUUGGAGUCAGACUUGUCUAAUGACCCUUCCUCCUCUCUAGAUAGAAAUAUGAAGUAUAUUCAAAGAGGUACUAGUCCAAAAGCACAUACUUUAUUUUAAUGUAAGAAGCAAACAAUUCUAUGGUGUUUAUUUGUCAAUGUAAUUUUCAUCAUUCAUUGCACAUUUUUUACAUUUUAACCCCCCUCUCUUGAAUGGUUUCUGCAGAGAACUUGUAUAGGUAUGUUUAGUUCAACAAUCAAUCCCAGAGUUGAACCACCUGAAUGACUUGAGUGGAAUAGAAGGGUUUUGUCUUAGGAGUUGGAUUUAUGGACAAUUGUUAUAUGUCCUUUUCUUGAAAGAACGCAUGCAUAAUCCCAGGUUCCAAUUCCUGGCAGGAGCUUGUUAAAGCUGAUUUCUAGUUAAGCCUUUUCUGUGAUUGUUGUCCCUUUUUUCAUGGUUAUAAGGACACCCAUUGCAAUCCAAAAAUACUACAUGUAUAAUCUCACCUUGUUUUGUUGAUGUUAUCUUUGGUGCUUCCAUCGUGACAAUCUUAGUCAGGAUUGCAUCAUUUCCUAUAGAAAACAACAUAAUACUGUUCAUAGUAAUCCAUUCACACAUCCAUCUGAUCUGUGAUUUGUCUUGAAAUAUGAGGUGAAACCUUCAUGUGAAGCCUCACGGUCAGAAUUUUGUGAGUAGUUCUCACAGAAACAGUGCAAUGUUUACCUAUUUCUUUUACUGAGUGAUGAAACAAAUUCCAUAAAAAUACUAUUGAUCCUCUAGGUCACAUGUUGCUAUCAGUGGCCACACACUGUAUGACUGACUACAGCUACUUGUUUUCUACCAUCUUUAAAAGCUUUCUCCUAUCUUUUUAUCCACAAACUUUAUACUUUCCUCCCUUUCAGUGUCAAAAAUUUGAUGGUUCUCUGCUGAACUUAUGGAAAUGCUUCUGCUAGCAAAUUGUUUGAGGAAGUUUAAAUAUGCAGCACUGUGAUAUUCCAAGUAGAUGAACACACUAAUGAAUAAGUUUUUUUUAUUAUAAUGGUUGCUAUUUUAUCAGUGCUUCUUGAAAAUAUCUCUUAUGAAGAUUAUCUCUUAUGAUGAUUGACUGGAGAUAAUAGAUUUAGAUAAAGCUGACAAUCAGAUAUGCUAGGGUCAUUGUGUUUUUAAAGGUGUCAAGUCUACUGCUUUUCAGGAGAUUUCCCCUAUAAAUGAUGUUAAGAUGGUAGCUUUCUAGAAAAAUUGAGCAUGCAUUUCCCUGCCAUGAUAUUAUCUUUGGAGGUAUUUUGUAAUGUAGCCAAGGAAGAAUCCAUCAAAGUCUUUUAGACUUACCAAAAUUUUCAUUAUGGUGCUUCUCUGGGUUCAUGUUAUAUGCACUUAUUGCCUCAUAAGUCAUCUUAUUGGAUAACAAAGAGUCUUAUUGAGGACUGUAUUGCUUUCUUGUGACCCCACACAUAACCCCAUAUCUGUAUACACCUAUCACCCAGACAUUAACAAUUUCAAUUUUCAACAAAAGUAUUUGUGAUUAAAAAUAUAUAUUUCUGAAAUAAGUUCAUGGAUGAAAUGCAUUUAGUCAUGCUAUUGUGUACUUCUCUUGUCAGUAUGUACUGUGUUUUGGUAUAUUUUGAACACUUUUGAUCAAAUUUCAAUGAUAUAAGUUGGAUCUUAUAUAAUGACUGAAAAUGUUUGGCUAUCUUGUAUGUUGAUAAUCUUUGCUAUUGGUAUUCCCUGACUGAUCUCCUUUAAAAUUUAUCUCUCAUGAUACAGGAAUAGUCUGAUAACCUAUAUAUCAUUCCUUCUUUUUAAAUCAAGGGAUUUAGGGUAACAAAACCUGUUCCUUGAAAGAGGGGACAGUCAUUGGUUCACCUUUGUUCUAAGGUGGGUCUAUAUGCUGAAGUGUGAAGAAUAAUGUCCUACCUCAGUUCAAUCUUUUCCUUGAAUUUAGAGACUUGAGACAUCUGGGUUUGAAUCUGAAAUGAGACAUAGGUGAGAAAACUUUAGGGUAAUAAAUGGGCCUUUGAUCAAAAUUUGACUAGGAGAAAUGAUGUGCUAUUUUCACUUGCAGUUCAUGCUAUUAUCAGGAGACUUAGAAGCAGCCUCCCCACUUCGCACAAGUGCAAUAUGUUCCGGUGCCAAAUGAGAUUCUCCAUUCAUUCUGCAACAUGUGACCUGACCUACUUUUUAUCAUUCAAAUCUCUGUCUUCUUUUAUUCUCCUGAGGUCUAAUUUUAUGGGCAAUGUUAUGAAUUUUGCUGUCUUGGCAAAGUUAGCCUUCUUAGACUAUCAGGAGAUCUUGCAUGUAGGUGCCAAAUAUACUCCAUUUUUUCACUUCUUCAAUCUCUUUGCCCUCUUCACUUUCAUUGACUUUCAAUGCAUCUCUGUAUAGUUUAUGCAUUCAAGGUGCUUGACAUGCUGUGAUGUCAUCCGUUCAUAGGAUGAAUGCUCUUCUAUGUGCUCAUUCAAAGUGAAUGUCAAAGAUUUCUUAUGUGCAAUAUACAGGUGCUUGUGCAUGAUACAGAGUGGGUUUUUAUUUUCUUGUAGAAGCAAGUUCUGGUUGAUUGAUUUCCCUAACACAGGAGCCCAUGCCCUAUCUUACCUUCUCCUUGUGUGUUGUACAUCUCUAAACAUUUCUAACCUGCUAACAAGGACCUGUUUGUACCCAGCAAUCCAUUCAUCCUCAUGAGCAAUUUUAUGACAGCAUGAAGAAGAAGUAAAGCAGGAUGACAUCUGUGGGAUAUUUCUGGAAUUUCAGUUUAUACAUUUUGGAUCAACCUCAUUGACUGGGAUCAUCAAUAGGUGGAGCUCAAACAGUGUCUCUCUUCAAUGGGUUUGUGUAAGUUCCUACAAAGUUGCUGUCACUGGAUGAAUGUCAUUGUGGAAGUGCCAUUUUAUAGACUAAGAAUGAGAAUUCCCCCACCCCUUUUCUGUGCAUUGCCUUGAAAGAAAUACAUG